GCCGGGGACACGCGCCGCGAGCCCGGGCGAGCAGGAACGUGGCGCUCGGAGCGAUGCCGCGGCGGACGGGGCGUGCAGCCCGGGCUCGCCUGGCCGCCGGGCACUAGAUCACCGAUGAAAAUGUUGAAUAGUGUCAGGCUAGUACCAAUUCCCGCAGAAAAUCCCUGGAAACACCCCCCAUUGGAUGAUGAUUCCCCAUUGAUGACUGCUUUGAGCUAUUAGAGACACAAAGGUUUUUCCACCAUGUUUGGAAAGAAAAAGAAAAGGCUUGAAAUUUCUGGACCGUCAAAUUUUGAGCACCGGGUUCAUACUGGAUUUGAUCACAGAGAACAAAAAUUUACAGGACUACCUCAACAGUGGCACAGCUUGCUAGCAGACACCGCAAACAGGCCGAAGCCUAUGGUGGACCCUUCAUGUAUCACACCCAUCCAGCUUGCUCCCAUGAAGACUAUCGUUAGAGGAAAUAAACCUCAAAAGGAUACUUCAAUCAAUGGCCUGCUAGAAGAAUUUGACAAUAUCUCAGUGACACGCUCUAAUUCCCUACGGAAGGAAAGUCCUCCCACUCCACACCAAGGAAACGCAAACCAUGUACAAAGCCACCAGGAAGAAAAUGGUUAUAUCACAUAUUCUCAGUAUUCCAGCGAGUCGGACACCACGACAGACUAUGUCACUGAAAAAUACAGAGACAAGAGUCUUUAUGGGGAAGAGUUAGACAGAUACUGCCAAGGUAGCUUCACCCCAAAACAGAAUGGACACGUGAUGAAAACAAAACCCAGAGACACUUACUAUUCAGAAAUUAAGCCCCUGAAGUCAGACAUCUCAAGGUUCCUUCCAGAUUACCAUACACACAUGGAAACGAAAAGCAAACCAAUUGAGUACAGUGGCCUAAAGUUGGAAUAUCAAAGGAUUCUUAGUGGAUCGUCUCUAGACUACAGAGAACCCUUUCACUAUGCUCCAUCUAGAACUUCAAUGCAGAGUGAGUGCUCAAAAGAGAGACUGGAAUACAGUGACAGCGACUGGGGAAAUGGAGCAGACAAGGAUGACUAUGACAAAAGACCAAAGUCGUCCUAUGUAAACCAGACAAGUCCUCAGCCAGCCAUGAGACAGAGAUCCAGAUCAGGUUCGGGUCUUCAGGAACCAGUCGUGCCAUAUGGAGCAAGUGCUUUUAAAUCAAAUCAGCAAGGGCAUUCGUAUAGUUCAUACACCUACCCUCGCUUGUCGGAAACGGCGGGAGGCAUUCCAAAGGUGGAUUACGAUCGAGCUCAGAUGGUAGUUAGCCCACCACUUUCUGGAUCAGAUACCUACCCUAGAGGCCCAACAAAGCUACCUCAAAGUCAAAGCAAAGUUAGCUGUUCAGGUAGUAGCUUCCAGUAUCCUUCAGUCUAUCACAAAGCCUCUCAUUAUCACCAGCCAGCCCUCCAGUCAAGCUCUCCUUAUAUCUCCACGGCUUCUUACCCAAGCUCCCCAAGUAUCACGUCAAGUGCUUAUCCUCCACCCAGCUGGGGUUCAUCCUCCGAUCAGCAGCCCUCCAGGGUGUCACAUGAACAGUUCAGAGCUGCCCUCCAGCUCGUCGUCAGUCCCGGUGACCCCAGAGAAUACUUGGACAACUUUAUCAAAAUAGGAGAAGGCUCCACAGGGAUCGUUUGCAUUGCCACUGAGAAGCACACUGGAAAGCAAGUCGCAGUGAAGAAAAUGGAUCUCAGGAAACAGCAGAGAAGAGAAUUACUCUUCAAUGAGGUUGUAAUAAUGAGGGAUUACCAUCAUGAAAAUGUGGUUGACAUGUACAACAGUUAUCUCGUGAGCGAUGAGCUCUGGGUUGUUAUGGAGUUUCUGGAAGGUGGUGCUUUGACAGACAUAGUGACACAUACAAGAAUGAAUGAAGAGCAGAUAGCUACAGUUUGUCUGUCUGUACUGAGAGCGCUGUCCUACCUGCACAAUCAAGGGGUUAUUCACCGCGAUAUCAAAAGUGACUCUAUACUUCUCACGAGCGAUGGAAGGAUAAAAUUAUCGGAUUUUGGGUUCUGUGCCCAAGUUUCCAAGGAAGUUCCGAAAAGGAAAUCUCUGGUUGGAACACCAUACUGGAUGGCCCCGGAGGUGAUUUCCAGACUGCCUUAUGGAACUGAGGUGGAUAUCUGGUCCCUUGGUAUCAUGGUAAUAGAAAUGAUAGAUGGAGAACCACCUUAUUUCAAUGAGCCACCGCUCCAAGCAAUGCGCAGAAUCCGAGAUAACUUACCCCCACGAGUGAAGGACAUACAUAAGGUUUCCUCAGUGCUCCGAGGGUUCUUAGAUCUGAUGUUGGUGAGGGAGCCCUCCCAGAGAGCAACAGCACAAGAACUAUUAAGACAUCCGUUUUUGAAACUGGCAGGCCCUCCUCCUUGUAUUGUGCCACUCAUGAGGCAAUACAGGCACCGUUGAAUCGGGAGAAUUUUCAGGCGGAGGCGUGUACAAAAGUUGGAGGAAGACUUGCCAAGGAAUCCAGAGCUUGUGUGGAAACCAUGGAGAGGUGUAACACUACAGAAAUUCAUCAGAGUCAGAACAGCUCUAUGGAAAUAAUACAGUGUACAAAACAAUGAGGUGCUCUCCUGGGGUAUAAAGGACUUGCGACGUUCCUUCGCCACUAAAUCAAACAGUCAUCUGUUGGCUUCUAGCACUGUUGCAUGAAGCACAUUUUCCACAAGUAGUCAUCUCUUAGCCUUUCAGCCAUCAAAGCAGAUGGACUCAAUUACACAUGUGGUUGGGGAGUAGGUGUGUGAAAGAUAAUAGAUUAUAGCACAACCAGGAUAAAACACCAGAAUUUUAUUGAAAAAGUAAACGAUAUGACACUUCUAUUUCAGAAGAACACUUUUCUGGCAAAAAAGCACUUUUUAUCUCAAUCAUAGCAGUGUAAUGUAUUUUGAAAUGAAUUUGUAAUUUUCUGUAUAGUACUUUUUUGAUAAUUUCCAGUACUUUGAUGUUAUGUACCCAUCGUGCUAGUUGAAGUAAUAAGAGGAACUUAGCAAGUGUUUGAACAAAACCUUUCCUACUUUUUUAUCCCUUUUGAAGACAGAAGGAAAAAAAAACCUUUAGGAACUUAGAAUGUUGGCAGAUUUUCCAGGAAUUUAAAUAACAGACACAGAGAUGGGUGCAGACAGUACUGAUAAAAAUGAUGCUUUUCCCAUCACACCACUGAAAUUAUAGUUUUAAAGAUUUGAACAUUUCUGGAAUCACUAGAGCUGAUGAGAUAAUUACAGUCACACAAUAGAAAGAAGUGCUUAUGUUGAAUGUUGUAAAUUAUGAGUUUUUGUUUCAUAUCAUUAUUUUCAGAGACAUGUAUCUUAGCACAUCAAACUCACGUACAUUUGUUCAAAAGAUGGUUAAUGAGAAAGGAUCAUCUACUAGCAAUAUGGCAGAUUUUUCAUUUAGUCUAUACUGACCUCGUUAUCACAAAAUAAUCCCCAUUAUUUAUAUCAUGUGUCAGAAGUCAGAAAUUGACUGUAGAGGUCAACUUACCAAGCGGGUAUUUUCCAAAUUUCAAACAGACUGUUGUAAUAAUGUUAUGAUGUGUUUUCCAGAUAGAAAAAGUUGUGCUGCUGUGUAGAACUUUCUGAAUGUUGAUAGAACAGUUGACUACUACAAUAAAUUUUGUGUUGCUUGUUGGAUGAACUUGCAUGUUAAUUGUAGGCCUAAGUAGAUUUGCCUUUACAAUUUUUAGAAGUGUGUCAUGAUUACUUCAAUUAUAAAUAAAUUUUAUUUAUUAAUGAUUAAUUCAUUUUAAUUAUGCAUAAUACAAAAGCCAUGUCUUUUCCAAAUCGUUUUUUCUUACUGACCUCACUUUGCAAUACGAUGAUGAACAUCAAUUAAUCCAGUUUUGUGGAAACACUGAUUAGUUUGUUUCUUAUUAUGGAAUUUUGUUGUGAAUAAGUUGUUCAUUAUUUAUUGUAGUAAAAUAUAAACAAAACACACAGCACUGGCAUGCUGCUGAGCUGAAUUUUCUGAGUUUUCGUCUCAGAAAGCGAUUUUGCCAAUGGCAAAUGAAGAGCCUUCAUUUUUAUACCAUAAAAAAGUUAGCGCAAACAAGAAAAACAAAAUCAAACAAGAAUGUUAAAUGUUUAGUAAAUCCUCUACAAUUGGCAUAUCAUGACAUAUUUCUUUCUUAUCGUAACAUUAAGUUUGCAUAUUUUAACAUUGCAAAAUAUACCUAGUCCUGUGUGUGGUCCUGAGUUCUCUUAAUUCUCUUUGAAGUCAGUGGGAACUGAGGACACUCGACACCUCAAAGAAUGGAGCUCAUAGGGCCUAGUGCUGCACUCUUUAUUAAGGUGAAAAGGGUCUCCGAAAAAGCUGGCUCAGAUUGCUGGACUGUGUCUGAAGAGAACAUGCCACACCCCUGGUGUCGCCAAGCAACUGAUAGCCAAUAACAGCCUUCCUUGACUGGAGGGCUCUGGUUGUUUGAUUCCCAGCAUUUCUUACAAACCAUGAGGGUGAAGAUUAGAACUAUGCCUCCAUGUUUACUGCUCCGCCCACCAUUUGCAAUGGGAGUUUUGCCUGAAUCUCACCCACAGAAUCUUUGUGUAUAAGACACUAUGAAAUUAAGUCUACAAAAAAAGAAAACGCUCAUAUUCUGUGGUCUUGACAACUCAGGAAAAAUGCGACAUCAAUAAAGACAAUACCAUACAAUUAGAACCAUUAUAUUAGCCA